GCUUGGAUUGCCAGGGGCCUGAGUGCAGUUCACUGCAGUUUGACCACGGCCCUCAUAAGCCCUUGCAAUGUUGCGAUAGCUUGCGAUUCUGUAAGAUGACAUUGCAGGAGUAACGAGCGGCCUCUAAGGAGCAAGCAGCGUCUGAACCGAUGUCGCGAGUCACCACGCUCUUGGCUAGCAUAAUUGUGGCGUUGCAGUUCCUGCUGCUGCAGAUAAGCCAUGCUGCUAAGCCAAGGCCCUGGUGUCUGGAUGGCACUGCUCUGUGCCGCGGCACGGCGCAACCCACGGACCGCUUUGCACACACGUUGACGUUUGUGCCGCCGAACCGGACCUCCCUGGGCGAUGGCUUGUUCGCUGUGCUGAUGGGUGGACAGCGCUCCUCCGCUGCCAGCGGCAUUAUCGCGCUCACUGCAGUGGAUGUGGUGGACACGGAGGAUAUGACCUACGUCACGUACCCUGUGCCCUUCUCCGUGCCCGCCAACGUCACACUGCGCCCCCGGUCUGGACACGUGGCAGUGCCGUACGGCAGCAACGGCCUCGUGGUGUUUGGCGGCGUGACGUACAACAGGGCUGUAGCACGCGUGCCCGUCGCCACCAACGACGUGCUACUGCUGAAGUGGGGCGCGGACGCCGGAGGCGGCGGCAGCACCAGCAGUAGCACGCUUGGCUCGAGCAGCAGCAGUAGCAGCGGGUCUUCAUCGUCGUCGUCGUCAUCUUCGCCGCUGCCGGGUGCUGCGGACGUGCUGCAGUCGUGGACGGUGCUGACCAAUAGCAGCUCGGGCGGCGGCGAGGUGCCGGUGCCGCGGCAGAGGGCGGCGGCGGCGGUCAUCCGGGACAGUCUGUGGGUGUUUGGAGGACUGGACAACUUCACUCGCAUCCUGGAUGACACGCACAUGUUCAACCUCACCACCCGCACCUGGACCCGCCUGGACACAAACUUCUCCGGCUCCACCAUCCCGCGUGACGCCGCCGGGGUGGCGGGGCUGCACAGCGCCAAGAUGGUGGCGAGCAGCGAGGGCCGGUACCUGCUGCUGUGGGGCGGCCGCAACCAGGGCGACACGCCGCAGGACGGCGGGCUGUGGGUGCUGGACACGCGGCCCAACCCAGGCAACCCCCGCCAGGCUCGCUGGCUGGGCCCACUGAACAUGACGGUGGACGGGGUGGCUGCCGGCAGCGGCAGCGACGGCGUGCUGCCCGCCAGUGACGUGGCGGCGGCGUGGGUGCACCUGCCGCAGCCCGACGGCAGCGUGUGGCGGGAGCUGCAGGUCGCCAUGCUGGGCGUGUACAAGCCCACGCCCGGCGCCCGCCCCACGGCCUGGCGCCAGUUCGCGCAGGUGCUGACCACCGACACCGGCGGCAGCCUGGAGGCCGCCUGGCUGCCGGAGCUGGUGGCGGGCAGCCGCACCGCGCCACUGCCCUUCGUGCGCAAGGCCACCUUCAUCAACGCCGCAGCCAACGCGCACGUGACGCUGCUGGACAACACCACCUGGACGCCACUGCCGCCGGGCUCGCCGCGCCGCUACGUGUGGCCGGACCAGCUGCCCUGGGUCAAGGACUCGGCUGUGGCGCUGUCGCCUGAGGGCCGCUUCCUGAUCGUGAACGGCGGCCAGGACCCGGGCAAGGCCUCCACCAAGUUCCUGGCACUGGACCUAGAGGCUGGCGUUAUGUACGACGCGGACUCCAACCUGCGGCCCGACUACCUCCAGAGCCCCACCAGCAGUCUGGUGUACCGCACCGCGCUGCACGUGGCCGUGCCCAGCGACCUGGCGGCGUGGCGGGCGGGCAACGACCUGGCAGUCACGGACUUCAUCAUGUACACGGGCCUGGACAACGUGAACGACGACACGGAGCCGCUCACCACCGAGUGGCGCGGGCUGGACGCCGGCAGGCAGGCCACGGGCAUGGUGUGCAGCGCCAGCUACAACAAGGCCGCCGGCAAUGUGUGUCGGGUGCUGCCGCUGGCGCGCGGUGCCACACAGAUCACAGACCUGCCCGCGCCCCGCGACGGAGCGGCCUGGGCCACCCUGUACCAGGUCUUUAAGUGGCGCAACGCCACGGCGCGCCAGGACGUGGGCGCGGUGGUGUUGCUCAUGUACGGCGGCAGCAGCUACGUGGGCGACACAGCCAACAGCACGCAGGAGUACGACGACGCUGGCGCCCUGCUGACCCCGGGUGAGGCGGCGGUGCGCCAGGCGCUGGCCGACUGCGACACCGCGGGCGCACUGGGCAACCCGCAGCUGGACGCCAUGGCGCAGUGCUCCCUCGCCAAGUUUGCGGAGCGGCCGCCCGACGGCAUUUGCACCGGCGGCACUGGCAGUAGAACCUGCGCGUCCAGCAGUAGCAGCGGCGGCGGCAGUAGCAGCGACGGAACCGACUAUGCGGACUAUGGCGCUUCUGCUACUGCCUACAACCUGUACGACUACCCGGAUGUGUACGACGCCUCACAGUAUGACUCCGACAUUGUAGCCGCGGAAAGCGGUGCCCCGCCCGCCACGCCAGGGCUGCAGCAGCCGCCCCCGCCGCCCAACGCACCGUCAGCGCCUGGCAGCAGCGGCACCACCACCGGCGCCCCGCUGCCCCCGCCCUCCAUGACGCCGCCGGACGCGCCGCCUGCCGCCACCGGCCGCCGCCGCCUCAGUGACCGUCAGCAGCGCGGCCUGUCUGAAUCUGACCCCACCGGGACCUCUGGCGACGCUGGUGCCAAUCCGGCUUAUGACGUCGGCGCCUGGGGCAACCGGGCAGCACACGCCCGCGGGCAGACGGAGGAGGCUGCCGGCGGCGGCGGUGGUGGCGGCGGCGGCGCGCGCAAGUCCGCCAGUGGCCGCGCCGAGCGGCUGGGCGACGCGCCGGGCGCCGGCCUCAUGCCCACGGUGUUUGGUACGGCGUAUGCCGUACUGGUGCACGGCCGCGAGUACGACGACAAGCGCCUGGUAGAUGAGAGCGCGCUGUACCGGUUGAAAGGCGGCUCCGCCAUGUCCGCCAGCCCGGUGCCCGCGCUGCUGUACGACAUCCUCAUCAACGUCAACGGCUCUAUGAACCACUCGCCAGGCCCCCGCGCCGCCGCCGCCAUCGCCCGCCUGCCGCCCGGCGCCGACCGCUCUGACGCCACCGCCGCUGACGGGUUGCUGUUCGGCGGCCUGACCGCAGUCAACAGGACCGCCGCCAACCCCACCGGCCUGCCGCAGCUCACCAACGACGUGCACUACCUGCAGUACAUCCCUGCCAAGAGCCCCUACGCCGACGCAGACACACUGCCGCCGCCGCGCCUCCCCUCCUGCCCCAACACCACCACCGCCUCCGGCGCGCCCUUCGCCUGCCGCUCACUCAGCCCCUUCGCCCAGAACGGCACCGACCGCAGCCUUCCGCCACCGCCCUACGCCGCGCCCGCCGCCCCCAACCUGCUCACCAGCGGCGCCACGCCCGAUAUGGCUCUGUUCACGGACUGCCCGCCAGGGGUGGCGGCACUGCCCGUGACCGCGACCGGGUACCGCUCCGCACGCUUCCAGCUGCGCGUGUGGCGGAGCGUGAACCGGGACUAUGCGCGCGGCAUGGGCAUCAGCUUCUACGGUCUGGGCAGCGGCGUGGUGGUGUCUCUGGAGGACAUCGGGUCCGAGGUGGCGCGCGGCCCCUGCUGCCCCGGCACCAACGCCACCGCCUGGGCCUGGCCCAGCGCCUCCAGCACCACCAUGACCCCCAGCCAGGUGUUCACCCUGCCGGACGAUGUGGUGGAGGUGCGCCUGCUCAGCGCCGGCAGGGGCUGGACGGCGCCCGAGGACAAGGCGCGGCCGUACCUGUGCGACACGCUCAAGAGCCCGCUCAGCUGCCCUCGCAUGGACCUGUACAACGUGGACAGCGGGCGGCUGGUGGCGGGCUUUGGCUACAACGGCACCUGGGCCACGUGGGACGAGUCCACCAACGCCACCGGCCUCACGGAGCGCUACAUCCGCCUGGCGCUGUGUACCAACAUAGGCGACCCGCCCACGCCCCCCGCCGCGCCCGCACUGCCGCCGCCGCCGCCCGAGGCCGACCCCACCGCGCAGCAGUACUCGGAGUUCCCCUUCCACGUGAAGGGGUCGCUCAACCGGCUGCGCAGCCACGAGAUCAUGCUGUCCGCGGCGGCGCCGGCGUCACAGGUGCCCAAGCCGCGGCACAGGCACGCCUCUGUGUAUGUGCCCACCGCCGCCCUGUCCAACCGCAGCCGCGCCGCGCUGGGCUACGGCGGCCAGGGCCUGCUGCUGGUGUACGGCGGCACCACGGACCCUCUGAGUGCGGACCCGGACGCGCUGCUCGACGACCUGUGGGCGCUGGACCUGGAGCUCAGGACCUGGACGCGGCUGACCAGCGGCGGCGACUCGCCCGGCGCCCGCAUGCGCCACAGCAUGGCCACAGACGGCACCCUGGUGUACCUGACCGGCGGCUACGUGUACGACCCCGACAAGGCGCAGUGGGUGAAUACGGACGACGUGUAUUACAUGGACCUGGUGCUGGGGUACGGCUCCACGUGGACGCGCAUCGAGGGCGGUGCCGUGACGCUGGCCCGCAACGCCAACCCCACGCCGCUCAGCGAGGGCGCGGGCGUCAGCCGCCGCCGCAACCACCUGGUCGCGCCCAACAACAAGGGACUGGUUUUCGUGCCGCUGCCCACCGCCACCGCCCUCUCGUCCGUCUACAACCUGUCCGCCGUGCCGCCGCCGCCGCCCUCACCGCCGCGGCCGCCACCGGCGCCGCGCGACGCCACCGCCUCGCCGCCGUCGCAGCCGCGGCCGCCGCGGCCGCCGCCCUCGCCCCCCGCGGCGCUGCCCGGGGCGUUCAUUGAGAAGGUGGCGGCAGGCAUGUACGACGGCGACCUGCUGCUGCUGCCCGAGGACCGGGACGUUGAGGUGACGGGCAACAUCACCCUAACCGCCUCCGUCGUACUGUACGGCAAGAUCAUGGCGCAGUACAGCCCGCCGCCGCCACCCUCGCCGUCGCCGCCGCCGCCGCCACCCACGCCCGCCCCUCCCUCGCCUCCGUCGCAGCCCGCGCCGUCGCCGGUGCUCCCCAACGCCACGGCCCGCCGCCGUGAGCUGCUGCUUGCCGAUGGUGAUGCCACGGCGGCGGUUGAUGGGCGGGACGAGGGGCGGCCGUUGGGUAACCGUCGGCAGUUAGUUCUGACUCAGGAGGGCCUGGACGAGUGGGCGGCGGAGGCGCGGCGGCUAGGCCGCCGCCUGCUUGGCGAUGCUGACCCCGGAGGCGAUGACCACGAUGCAUCAGCAGCAGCUGCCGGAGACGCGGCUGCUGAUGCGGCGGGGAAGCUGCAGGCGGUGCUGGCGGAGGCUGAGGCGCAUGUGGAGGCGGCCCGGCGCAUGAUGCAGGCCGUCACGAACGGCACCACCACCACCUCCGCCAACGCAUCCGCAACCAACACCAGCACCAACACCACCAACGCCAACACCGCCGCCGCCAACACCACCCGGGGCCCCACCCCAGGCAGCGCCGGCAGUGGCCAGGGGCUGGUGUGGGGCGAUGGCCAGCCGCCGCCCGACUUCGACGUGACCGCACUCCUGGCGCUGCCCCGCACCCGUGUCUCGUGCAGCAACAAUACCACCUGGAUCAUCAGGUCAACGCCCAACGUGGUCAACAUCGAGUUCGUCAACUGCAACUUCUUGAUCACGCCCACCGGCACAACCGCCCCGGCGGUUUUUGUCAACUGCGUUUUCCGCAACACCGUUGGCCGGCCCGCCAUUGUGGUGCAGUCGGGUGCCUUCCUGUCUGUUAAGGCCUGCAUCUUCUACAACAACACCAACAGCCCCACAACCGUCACAACCGCGGUCAACGUAACCACCAACGGUACGGCCCGCAUGGUCAACGUGACUCAGCAGGUCGUACAGUACGGAGGCAACGGAUCGGCCAUCUACGUGCAGCCACGUGGCAGCAUUCAGGAGAUUAGUGACACCGCCUUCAAGCAGAACGGCUGGGGCCCCGGCUCCAGCGCGGGCGCCGCCGUGUACCUGGCGGGCCCGGGCGCGUGCCUCAACAGCGUGUCAAACACAGUGUUCACCCUCAACGGCCCCCUGGGGGCCCCCGCCGCCCCCGGGGCCUCCCCCGGCACGGCACUGUCGCCAACCGCCGGCAACUCAACCGCCACCAAUUCCACCACGGCCUCAACCGCUUCAACCACUUUCUUGGCGGGCGGCGCGAUCGCAAUGGACGGCGCAGACGGUUGCGACAUUGCGUUUGACAGGGUGGCCUUCCUUAGUAAUACCGCUGGCGGCCAGGGGCAGGGCGGCGCGGUCUACCUGGGGCGCACGGACUCGCGUGCCAUCCGCAUGCGCAACUGCACCUUCGCUUUUAACAAUGCCAAGAUGGGCGGUGGCCUGUACCUGACCAACGUCUUGGGAGCCGUCAACAUCUCCUCCUCCCUCAUCACAGCCAACGUCGCCGCCAGCCGUGGCGGCGGCGUUGGCCUGGAUGGCACGCUGUGGCUCAACGCCAGCCAAGUCACAUUCACCGACAACUCGGCGCUAGGCGGAGUGGGCGGCGGCAUUGCGCACUCGCGCCAGGGCCUGCUGCAACUGGCCAACUGCACCGUCGCGCACAACCGUGCCCUCUUUGGGGGCGGCAUCGGCGGACAGCAGGACGUGGAGGUGGUGAUGACGGACUCGAUGGUGUUCAACAACACGGCGCAGCACGCAGGCGGGGGCGAGUGCUUCAUGUGCUUCCGCUUCACCUCCGUGCGCUCCACCUUCUCCACGAACGCCGCUGUCUCCGGCGGCGGCCUGGCGCUCACACUGGUGGAGCUGGGCGGAGCCCUCAACGACACACACUUCCUGGGCAACACCGGCGUGCCCGGGGCGCGGCCCGGCCUGGUGGGCUCCAGCGGCAGUGGCCUGAAGGCCGCCCUGAGCGACGCGGGCUGCGGGCGGGAGGACAGCGGCGGCGGCGGCGGGCUGUGCGUGUACCUGCGGCGGAGCGUGGCCGUCAACGGCGGGUCGUAUGUGGGCAACAUCGCUGUGACUGGCGGUGCGCUGUACGUGCACCAGCACUGCAUGCCCGGGGAUGACGACUGCGGACCCGUGGUGAUGGCGGGCGGCGUGGCGCUGGACAGCAAUGCGGCGCCGUUGGGUGGCGGCGGCGCCGUCUUCAGGUCGCUCGGGGGCCUGGUCAAUGUCACGUGCGCUGGGGCCGCCGCCAUGCUGCCCUGGGCCAACAUGACGGCGGGAUGCAGCGAGUGGCGCAACAACACGGCCAAGUACGGCAACAUCACAGCCACGUGGGCGUACGGCAUCGUGCUGCAGGAGCCGCCGCCGAAGUACGGCAACGGCAGCAGCAACAGCAGCAGCAGCAGCAGCGGCACGGCUGUCACCAUCCUCAACGGCACCAGCACCCUCACCGGCUUCGGUUCCGUCAUCCCCUCCUACCGCUCCAACGACCCGGCACCGGUGGUGGCGCGUGUAGUGGACUUUCACGGCCAGACGAUCACCGACGCCUCCCGUGAGGCCACGACCAGCCUGGAGGCCCGCUUCACCGGCCUGUACCUAAACAACUCGGCAGCGGCUGUAGCUGCCGCAGCCGCUGCUGCCGCUGCUGCAGCCAAUGCUACAGCCAACGGCAUUGCCGUGGCCGCCACUGGCAGUAGCAGCACCAACAGCAGCAGCGCUACCAUGGCGUUGGCCGGCAACUCCAUCACCACCACCGCAGGCCUGGGCAACUUCACUCAGAGCCUCAGGAUGCGGGCGGUACCGGGCAACUACACAAUGGUCAUCGCGGCGCCUCGCUCCAUCCUGGAGCUGCCGGGUGUGGUGUUCAACGUGUCUGUGCGACCUUGCAUUCGUGGCGAGGUGGUGGGCAGGUCGGGAGACGAGUGCUUCCCGUGCGACAGCGGCCUGUUCAGCCUGGACCCCAAGAACCUGGUGUGUGACAAGUGCCCCGACAACGCAAACUGCACUGUGGAGGGCUACCCCUGGAUGACGCUGCCGAAGGAGGGCUACUGGCGCAGUGGCGCCUACAGCCCCAACAUCCUGCAGUGCCCCUUUGAGGACGCGUGCAAAGGCAACAGCACCUUUGACCGCAUGGAGCAAAUGGCGCGCUUCCUGGUCAACAUCAGCACCGGCGUGCAGCUGAUCGACGGCUCCACCAUCCCGCCCUACAACCGCACAGAGUUCCUGCAGAUGCAGUGCACGUACGGCUACAUGGGCUCCUUGUGCGGUCGCUGCAUCCAAGGAUACGGCUCAAAGGGCAACGGCGAGUGCCUCAAGUGCGCCGACCGCUACAUUAACAUCGCCUACUACAUCUUCUCGACCUGGAUCAACAUCUUCUUCAUCUGGCUGACGGUGUGGACGCAGCUGCCCAACUCCACCGGCUCCCGCAAGCGCGCGGAGCGGCAGCUGGUGGAGCAGCACCAGCAGGAGGCGGCGCAGGCGGAGCAGCUCGAGCGGCAACACUUCGAGCAGUACCAGCAGCAACAGCAGCAGCAGCAACAGUACCAGCAGCAGUACCAGCAGCAACAGCAACAGCUACACGGCUUCCAGCAGCCAGGCCCAGAUCAGGCCGCAUACGGUGGCCCACACCAGCCCUCUGGCAACUUCCUGCCGCCGCCUCCGGCGCCGCCGCUGCCACCGCCGGCGGCUCCACCGCCCCUGGAGGCGCCGCAGGCGCAGCCCUCACGCAGUGGCUCUGGUCGCGUCGGUUCCAGCCGCGCGGACAGCGCCGCCGGCAGCCGCCGCGCAUCUGGAGCGUGGACCGCCGCCGAGCUCACGCCUGCCGCUGGCGCAGCCGCAACCGACGCCGCUGCGCGCCCGCCUUCUGGCCGCGUGUCCGGCAACGGCGCCAUGUGCUCGCCCGCAGGGGCGGCCGUAGCUGCUGCCGCUCUUGGCAACACUGCCAGCGGUGUCGCACGGGCGCCGCCGUCUCGGACCAACUCGAUCCGCGGCGAGGCACAAAUGCUGCCAUUGAUCAGCGUUGAGCCUGCUGAGGCGAUGGGAAUGGCGGCAUCGUCUCCGCCGCCACCGCAAGUGCAGCUGCCGCCGACUCCACUGUUUCCGCCCAUCCAUCCCAUGGAGCCGCAGCCCGAGAAGAAGCGACGCGGCAGCGGGAGUAGCAGUAGUAGCAGCAGUGACAGCAGCAAGAGCGGCCGGGGCCGGGGUGGUGGCGCAGCCGCCAUCGGUGGUGGUAGCGGCGCGGCAAUCGCGGGCGGCCGCCGCGGCAGCGACAGCGGCAGCGGCAGCGGCAGCAGUGAUGAGUCGGAGGGCAGCGUGGUGGAUGUGGAUGAGGAUAUGGAGGGGCCCUACAAGGGAGGCAACCACGGCAUUGUCAUCAAGAUCCUGAUGUCGUACCUGCAGGUGACCAGCCUGGUGCGGCAGGUGGCACUGGCCUGGCCCAGCUUCGUCAUGGGAUUGCUCACAGCCGCCAAGAGCGCCUCACAGACGGUGACGACGGUUGUGUCCAUCGACUGCUCGCUGGACACCACCCUGCUGCCCAUCAGCGUCCAGAAAACGCUCAUCACCAUCGCCACGCCCUGGGUGGUGCUGCUGCUGGGCCUUGUCAUGUGGUGCCUGCUGUUCCUGUCGCUGCGGCUGCGCAAGGGCGGCGGCCGCUUCAGCGGGCUGCUGCGCCACGGCCCCAACAGCACCCGAGUGAGCGCGGUGACCUUUGCCGGCUACCUGCAGCCCCGCAUAAUUAUCACCAUCAUCGCCAUCGUGUUUUACGUCUAUCCUGACAUCACCGGCGCCUUCAUGGAGCUGUUCAGCUGCACCACAGUGGACCCCGAAGGGGCGGACGUGGCGUACGGGGCACUGAUGGAGCAGCGCGGCCUGUACUGGACGUCGGACCUGGACCUGGCCUGCUACCACAACCCCCACCUGUGGCUGGCGCUGGGCGUGGGGCUGCCCGGCCUCAUCCUCAUCAGCAUCGGCGCGCCCGUGUUCAGCUGGGUGUGGCUCAGGCGCCACCAGCACAAGCUGUACACCUCACCCAGCUUUGGCGUGUCGUACGGCUUUCUGUACGAGGACUACAACCGCAACUGCUACUACUGGGACUCUGUGGUCAUGGCUCGCAAGCUGUUUGUGGUGAUGGCCAUCGUGUUCUUGGCGCCCUACAGUCCAGUGCUGCAGAUCCUGACCACACUGGGGAUCAUCAUCGUGUCGCUUGUGGCGCAGAUCUCAUUCAACCCCUACAAGAACCAGCGGAUGAACCGCUUGGAGAGGUUAUCGCUGUACGCCACACUGGCCAUGUUGUACUGCGCCCUGUACUUCCUGAGCGACGCCGUGCCCCAAGCCGCCAAGAGCGCCAUCGGCGCAGUGCUGCUGGUGUUCAACGCGGCUGUGGUGGCCUACUUCGCGCUGUACAUAGCGCAGGAGUUCCUGCUCAUGCUGAUCUGGACCAUUGACGACGAGUCCAACGGCGACGGCAAGCUGACGUGGGAUGACAUCUGGGCCUACGCACACAAGGUGCACGGCGACAAGCGCUACAGCCGCCACCUCUUCGCCUGCCUGUCCUUCGCGCAGCGGUGCAGCAACUGCUGUAUGGUGGCAGUCACCUUCCCCGCCCGGGCCGCGCGGGCGGCGGCGCAACGCAUCCGGCGCCUGCGCAACAAGGGCGGUGAACCUCUUGACGUUGACGACAAGGCAGCUGCGCUAGCGGCCAAGGAGGGCGCGGUCAGCAACCGCACCAGCAGCCGCCGUCUGGGGAGCACCACCACCCGCAAGGCCUCCCGCACCGUCGCGGGCACCGGAGGCAGUAUGACCAUGAUCACAGCAAUGCAGCCCGAGCCGCUGUCGCCGCCUUGGCAGCAGCGCAUGGGCUCAGUUCGCAAGAGCGGCUCUGGGGCCGCCGGCAGCGCGGCGCCCGCGCUGGACCUGGCGUCCACAGCGGUGGGCAAUGACGCUGGGGCAGCGGCGGCAGCACUGGAGAAGUCUCCGUCAGGGCUGAUUGGGACGGCGGUGGCAGUGGCGGCGAUGCCGGCUGGCCAGGCGGCGUCGAAACGGCGUGAGGGUGAGGACUCGGCGUACCUGGCGCCACCGUCCGUGCGGCCGGGCUCUGGAGCUAGCACUGGCACUGCAUCUGCUGCCGGUGCUGGUGGUGGUGGUGGUGGUGGUGGUGGUGGUGGUGGUGGUGGUGGUGGUGGUGGUGGUGGUGGCGGUGAGGGCAACACGGGCAACCGGGUGCUGCGGACGGCAUCCGGCAACGCGUCUGCAAAGGACGCGUCCCGCCUCGGCCCCCAGCCCGCCGCUGCGGCCCCUCUGUCCACCAUCAUCAGCGGCGACCUCCUCUCUGCGCGCCCCAUCCCGCCAGCCUCCCAGCUGCCGCCUCUGACCUCCAUGCCGCGGCCCAGCCUGCCCGGCGGCGCCGAGCCCAGCCCUGCCGAAGCCGCCGCAGACGCAGCCGCCGCCGCCGCCGCUGCCGCCGCCACCGCCGCAGCAGCUCGACCACCACUACCGCCAAGCCGCGGCGCUAGCCGCGGUCCAUCCCUAAGUGGCGUCCCGCCUGGCGCCGGCGGCGGUGCCGCUGCUGGCGCCGGCGGCAACACCAGCCGCCGCUUCGCAGCCAUGUCCGCGCCGCUGGCCUCUGAUGCCUUGCCGGACGCAUCGGGCGGCGCUGCAGCCGCCGCCGAGGCCGGCGGCUCGGCAUCGCUGCUGUUGCGUGCAGGCUCCAACCGGCCCAGCAGUCCGCUGGCUGCCGCUGCUGGUAUCGCCGCCGCCACCACCGCCAGCCCCAAUCGGGUCAACUCGGGUGGCCGCAGCCGCGGCCCCUCGGGUGAUGGCGACGGCGAGUCCGGCGCAGCCGCCGCCACUCGCGGCGCUCCCAGCCGCCAGGGCUCCAAGCAGCCACAGCGGCCCGGCGGCUUCCUCAGCUCCCUGAUCGCAGCAGCCACCGGCGGCGGCGCGACGGUUGUGCCCACCAACGAAUCCGGUGGGCAGCAGCCGCAGCAGGCGAUGCACUCCGCCUGGGGGGCUGACAACGGCGACCUCAGGCCGCCCUCGGACUGGCAGCAGCCAGAGGAGGGGCAGCAGGGGGCGCAGCGGCGGGUCGCCAGCGCAGGCGCCAGCGCCAGCAGCGCGCCGGGCCCCGAGCAGUCCGACAGUUGGGCAGCCGCCGCCGAGAAAACCGAGCGGUUGGGAUCCACUGGUACGGCAGCGGCGGUUGGAAGGCGUCUGUACGACAGCCCGGCCAGCCUGGAGCGGGGCCUGCAGCAGGAGGGUGUACGGGAUGGGUCGGGUGGCGGCGCGGGUGAGGCGGCGGCAGCCGGGCCGCGCCUGCGUGCCGUGCAAUCGGCCAUGCCUGGCGCCCGCACUCGUGGCGCCGCCGGUGAUGACGCCGGCCGCUCGACAAACCAGUGAGCGGCGGCUCCUGCAGCGACGGCCAGCGUGGCGUGGUGCCGAUGCCAUGAUCUGGGCCCUACCGUGGCUCAGCAUUGCUUGUGAACGUGCUGAUACUGUGGAGUGCGUCAGUUACUUGAACUUUUGCGUGUUGAGGCCUUGCAGUAUGUACUCCUACCAUGCAAGACGGAGUCUUAAUGGUAGGAGAUAUGAACGUGUCGCGGAGCCACUGCCUGUCACAGGGCCUGCUGAGAGCCAUACACGCUCUGUCCUCCGUAGCAUCCAUAACACCAUUCAUACACAUGUGCAACAUAACCGUACUGAUGUGCAGAAAUGUAGCCAUGGAAUUUCCGGCACUGUGUGAGGGCAGGGUAUCAAGGUGUUUGCCGCAUGGCACUGCAUGGGUGCGCGUGCCGCGGUGUUUAGUACAAAGGUUACAUGUGCCGUGCAAGGUUUGGGAUUGCCUACGGUGGUAAUCUAGAACAGGAAGUGAUGAGCAGCCGAUACCGUACAGCACACAUCCGUGCUCCAGGCCGGGGACAGUCGAAUUGCGUGAAGUCUCCUUUCAUUGUGUUUCCCCUAUCCCGGCGUGGCUGCUGACAUCCCCGAUGGGUUGCUGCUGGCAUCCCCUUUGACUUCUAGAGAACUUGGGAUGGGUUUGAGCAUGGAACCGCUGCUAAUCUGGUGGCUUUACAGUUUGCACACUCGUGCUUACAGUCAGAGAGCACUUCGCGUAGUGACGCUGAUGUGUUGGUCGAUCAGGGGUCGCAACCGCACACCAGCACAUAUAGACUGAAGUACUACCAUUGCGCAAUACACAUUUGCCCGACCCACUUGAUCAUCCGCCUAGUUCCUGCACCUGACUCACCUUAAUACACAUUAGACCACUGGGCUUGAACUACCGGUAUUUCUUUGAGUCCGUGACCUUUAUUUAUACGUAAUGUGUCUAGGUUUUUUAAGGUGAGCUGCGUGACGCUGACGGCUGCACGGUUGCAUGGAAUGUUAGUGGGAGGCGCAGCACGUGGCGAACUGUACAAGGGUCUCCGCACUCUGAAGUCUGAGCGCA